AACUUCGUCUCUUGAAUGACGAGCACACCAUUCCUCCAGCUUCCACAAAGCCGAUUGUCCUUCCCUCUCUCAAAGUGUUAGGGAUCUCGCCCACACAUCAACAAAUCUCGAAUAUUCUCCAGCUGCCAGCUUUGCAGACUGCCAUCUUCUACUCAGCGUCAUCCCCAUUCCAUUCGUCCGAUAAGCUGCUGGAUUCUUUCGCCUCAUUAAUCGAAAAUGCAACAAAGCUUCAUAUUCAAGGUUGGCCUAAACCAUCCGAUACCUUUCCCGACAACUCAGCCUCUGCGUUUGCAAUUGAGAUACUCCGACGCUCUACCAAGUUUAAAAACGCAUUCUUCUCGUCGAGUUUUCUCGAUUGCUCGCCUCUCCACGAGUACCUACCGCAUCUGGUGGAACAGGGGAUUGGGAGUGGUGCAACUAUCGAAGAGAUGCACUUUGUCGAUUGUACUGGAAUGACGGAAAGAGACCGCGAACGAUUAUCUAACAGCUCGGCCAAGUCAGUUGUACUUAAAUUUGGCCCAUUUUCCUGUGUGGUGAACGGGCAAAGAGAGAUUUCCAGAAAUGGCAAUAGGGAGCCCGCCAUGACACCGAGAGAUAGGAUAAACGUUGCACAAACUAUCAUGCAGAACCAAUUGGAUGAUACGCCUAGUAUAGAAGAGAUUCAACUGCUCCAAUUAGCUGCAACUGAUAUCAAGAAAGAGCUCGAGGUGCUACAGAGGAAUAAUUUUCAAGCGCAUUCAGAGAAAGUGCGGAUUACCGACGCAAUAGAGGAACUAGGGCAAACCCUUGAAACAGCUCAGAAAUUCAAAGUUGCUCAAGAGCUUUAUGUUGGGACGCGGGGGAUGCGAGGGCGAGGACUUUCAACCGUAGAUAGACGCAUGGAGGCACUUCGCCAACUCUCACGUGAGGAGAGUGUACGUAGAGCCAGGCUAUCUGCCGAAGUCGAAGGCAUUGAAAAGGAGCUCAAAUUCCGCCGGCUAGCUCUUGAGGUCAUACAAGAGACCAUAUCGAGCCAAGAACUUUUGUCUCAGGUAUUUCGGCAUCGAGUGUCCCAGGAUGUGGAUGAUUAUCUAGAUAAAAUAUUGGACGAUUUACCACCUAGUACACUCAUAUUAUCGCAUGUUUGUCGGACAUGGAGGCUCGUGGCGAAUAGCAACCCAAGUCUUUGGUGUGAUAUCCAGGCCUACACUGAAGAAAGAUGGAACAAGGAUAGGAUUGAGAUCUUCAAUCAUUAUCUACAUCGUGCGGAGGGAUACCCGAUCCAGAUAUAUGUGGAACUGGAGAAAAAAAUCGAAGGUUCAAGACUCAGGAAUUUUAAAAUCGACAAUCUUUCAAACGAAUAUCACGUCCACUUUGUCAUUCAACCGAGCUUGGGUACAAGCUAUGAGCUCUCUGAGCUUCCUUAUCAACUCAUGCGCCCAAAAUCC